AGCGAGCCCGAAACCGCCGCGGCCCGGCCGGAGCCUCCACUCUCGCUCGGGCUCGGCCAACCGCUGACUGCAGAGAUGAAGGGAGCAUGUGGAGGUGUGUUACAGGAUGGGAAGACAAAGCAGGAGGGACAGCUCUGGGGCUCCAUGCGGAGGACGGCCGUCAUCCUGGGCUCCGGCCUUCUCUUGUUCGUGGCCUUCUGGAACUCGGUCACCUGGCAUCUGCAGAAAUUCUGGGGUGCUUCCGGUUGCUUUUGGCAGACCCAAUGGGAGAAGCUGCUGUCUACGUUUGAAGGGAAGGAGUGGCUCCUUUAUGUGAUAGGUGCCACCCAAGUGCCGAAUCUGCUCUUCUGGAGCUUCAAUGUGCUGUUACUUGUGGUCGACACGACUGGAAAACCGAGCUUCAUCUCUCGCUACCGGAUUCAGAUCGGCAAGAACGAACCAGUGGACCCUGUGAAACUACGCCAGGCCCUCCGGGCCGUUCUCUUCAAUCAGUUCGUGAUCUCUCUGCCCAUCGUGAUCGCCCUCUACCCCUUCCUCAAGUGGUGGGGAGACCCGUGCCGCCGAGAGCUGCCCACCUUCCACUGGUUCCUCCUGGAGCUGGUCAUCUUCACCCUGGUGGAAGAAGUCAUGUUCUACUACUCACACCGGCUCUUUCACCACCCAGCUCUCUACAAGAAGAUCCACAAGAAACACCACGAGUGGACAGCCCCCGUUGGUGUGGUCUCGCUCUAUGCCCACCCUGUAGAGCACUUGGUGUCCAAUAUGCUGCCACCUGUCCUGGGUCCCCUAGUAAUGGGUUCCCACUUGUCAUCCAUCACCAUAUGGUUCUCCUUGGCCCUCAUCACCACCACCAUCUCCCACUGCGGCUACCACCUCCCGUUCCUGCCUUCACCUGAAUUCCACGACUACCACCAUCUCAAGUUCACCCAGUGCUAUGGGGUGCUGGGAGUGCUAGACCACCUCCACGGGACUGACACGCUGUUUAAGCAGACCAAAGCAUACGAGAGACACGUCCUGCUGCUGGGCCUCACCCCACUCUCUGAGAGUAUCCCAGACUCCCCAAAGAUGAAGUGAGGGCCGGCCCUAAUGCCACUGCUACUGCCCCUUAGCAGUGAGUGAGCACCAGCCCGAGACUAGCAAGCACACCUGACAACUGAUUCCUAGAGCCGCACGCUUAACAGCAUGCAAAGCGGGCCCGGGGCUCUCCCGAACCACUGCCCCGGCACAUCCCCACUUUUCCAAGGUUUGCUUCUCACCUUGCUUCUACCCCCACAGUUCGUCUUGGAAAUGCACAGGGGCAGUUAUCGGCCGUGUCCCAUUGGGCCGCCAUGAGCCGGCAUUGGCUCGAAGGCAGUGAGUGAGCCGUGCAUGAAAAGCCACCACCUGAACAAAAUCCGGAGGAGGCUUCUGACAAUUUGGAGGGGCGGGUGUCACAAAAACUAGCCUUCAGCAACGUGCACCCAAGUGGCGUUGGCAGUCUGUCCCCGAGAACUGCUUUCUGUCAUAUAGGUUUACCUUACCGAACCUUCUACGGUAGUGCUGCUUUAGGUUUUGUGUCACUUUGCAGGUGACUUUUGGGUAAGGUGACCAGACGUCCCGCUUUUGGCAGGACAGUCCUGAUUUUUGACAAUUUUUCCCAUGUCCC